AGUCAAUCAGCUGUACAUAUUUUAGUUUUAGCAAUAGUAGUAUAGAAAAGUACGGUAAAUUGUAUAUAAUGCGGUUUGUAUCGCAAUUAUUUCAACCAUUAUUAACCAUACCAAAGAAUGCGAAAGUAAAAAAUACAGAAAUAACUUGCAAGAGUCAAAAGCUCCUUCUAGAAUGUGGUCUCAUCCGGCCCACAUCCCCUGGCUUCUUUGCACUGCUACCUCUCGCCCGGCGCGCCCUAGACAAGCUCGAAGCCCUUGUCAAGCGACAUAUAGAGGCGGCCGGCGGACAGCGGGUGUCGCUGCCUGCGUUGACAGCUGCGGGGCUGUGGGAGAAGACGGGACGGAUUACGGAGGAGUUGUUGAAGGUGCAGGAUAGGCAUGGGAAGAAGUUUGUGUUGGCACCUACCCAUGAGGAAGCUAUAGCGGAUUUGCUAGCAGACGUUGGGCCUCUGUCCUACAAGCAGCUACCUCUUUUAUUAUAUCAAAUCAGCGACAAAUACCGCGACGAGCUGCGACCCAAACACGGUGUGUUACGAGCUAGGUCGUUCCGCAUGCUAGACGCGUACGGGGCACACACGCUGGAACAAGCCACAGAAGUGUACCAACGAGUAGGAGAUCAGUAUAGGAGGUUAUUUGACACUCUGAAACUCGACGUGCAUAAAGUAUCGGCGCCUUGCGGGGAGAUGGGCGGUUCAGAGUCACACGAAUGGCAACUACCAGCAGCGGCAGGAGAAGACAAAGUGGCAGUUUGCGUCGUUUGCAGACAAACCACUGUUGAGGAGAAAUGCCAGUGCGGGGGGAGCACUGAAACUGUCAAUAGUAUUGAGGUUGGCCACACGUUUAUACUAGGCACUAAGUACAGCGAAGCACUAAGAGCUAACUACGUAGUGCCUAGCGGCGCGCCUCAGCCAAUCGUCAUGUCUUGCUACGGCAUCGGAAUUACGAGAUUAUUGGCAGCAAGUCUAGAAGCACUAUCCACAGACACAGCGCUACGGUGGCCUGAACCCAUCGCUCCGUAUAGAGCGAUGCUUAUAGGACCUAAGGAAGGUUCAAAAGAAUGGUCCGUCUACAACUCUGAGCAAAUGCUCGGUUUGUUCGACAAGUUAUCGUCCCUACCGGGCCUCCGCGACGACAUCAUAUACGACGACCGCCACUCGAUGACUGUCGGGAAACGAAUACUUAUGGCUGAUAAAAUGGGCUACCCCUUAGUGAUAGUUUGCGGUAAAGGUGUUUUAGAAACCCCGCCAAGGCUCGAGCUGCAUUCGCGAGGCGAAACACAGUUGCUAACACUAGGCCAACUCACGUGGGUGCUACAGGGAGGAUACGAGAUAGUUGCUAAUAAAAUGUAAAACAAU